AUGGGGGCUGGGACCUCCUUCCCUCAUCACCGCUGGGAGCCAUGACUGCCCCGGGCUCCUGGGUCCCCUUCCGGCUGCCCCUCCAGCUCAGCCUCUAUCUGCUGGCCAUCAUGACCUUCUCCUUCCUCAUCCACCUACACAGCUGGUUCCCCACUGCAAGGGAGAGGCUCCCCUCCCCAAAUGCCACGGACAAGUUCCCAACCACGCCCCCCACAACCCCCACCACGGAGCAGGGCAUGUGGACCAUGAACUCCGCCGGGCGCCUGGGGAACCAGAUGGGGGAAUACGCCACCCUCUACGCCCUGGCCAAGAUGAACAGGCGCCAGGCCUACAUCCUCCCAGAGAUGCACCAGCAGCUGGCGCCGCUCUUCCGCAUCACCCUGCCCGUGCUCUCCAGCGACAUGGUCCAGAACAUCCCCUGGAAGGACUACGGGCUUCACGACUGGAUGUCAGAGGAGUACAGACACAUCGAGGGGAAAUAUGUCCGGCUGACAGGCUACCCCUGCUCCUGGACCUUCUACCACCACCUCCGGCAGGAGAUCCUCCAGGAAUUCUCCUUCCACGACCACAUCAAGGAGGAGGCCAACCGGUACCUGGCUGGGCUGCGUGGCCAGCGCCGGAACGUGACCUACGUGGGCGUCCACGUCCGGAGGGGGGACUACGCUGGCAUCUACAAAAUGAUAGAUGGCCCAAAGCAUAGCCAGUGCAAGGAACCCUCCCUCAACUCUUAUUCAGUUACUGAAUGCUGCUUUGGGUCACAGAGAAGCUCCCCUGACACAGUACUGCUUGAGUUGAAGGAAAGGGAGCAACUUGAAGCCUUGCAAGAGGGAACUAGCGCUGCAGUUGCUGAGUCUUGUGGAGAAACUGGUAGUCUGCUAAAAUUUGCUGUGGAGGAGCAAGUCAGUGCAGGAGCCAGAGCUACUACAAUGGUAGAGAGCAGUGCUGAAGGGGAGAGGCGGCAGCCGCACCAUCAGAAACCCAAGAAAGGGAAAAAGCACUCCAAUCCAGGUAAAGCCUCGUCUUUAGGGGGAAAUCUGGGAAGGCAGCUUCCCCUUUAG